AUGGUAUAUCCACAUUCCUGUAAGGAAAACAAACGAACGGCUAUUUUAGGAAGAGUAGCAGAAAUCACUCCAAAUGUACAGGUAGAGUGCACAAAUAAAACAAUUUCUGUUCUAUUUACCAAGCCGAAUAACUUAGAGAAAAACGAAUGGGUUAGAUUAUUUGGGUCGUAUAGGAAUGAUGCAUUCAUUGCGGAUGCGUUCAAUAGAGUGACUGCAUGUGAGGCUGUUUAUUUUGAACGUUUUCGAAAGAAAGUGCGAGAGUUCUAUCGGAGAAUGAAUUAA